GUCUGCUACAGCAGGGGAGUGGAUGGGUCCCAAUGACAGUCAGGAGGGAGACGACUCCGAGGUGAUACAAUGAAAACCUAUAAGGUGGACUUCAUGCUCAGCAGAUCUGCACAGCUAAGGCAUGGUGGCACCUAAACCUGCUUGAUGACCCCCAUCUCCAACCUACUUUUAUCUCAAGGAAGUGAAGUGUGUGACCUUUGGACCUGACACCUGGCACUGGGACUCACCUGGCUCUGAGUAAAGAAAUGACUAUAAUUACUUGAUCACUCAGAUCUCUUUCUUGGACGAAGAAGAAACAAGAAUAAAAAAAGUUAAUGACUGCCUGAUCCUAGAGAUUUAUUAGAUCCUCCGCCUAUAGUAAAUCAAUUAAAGGUGACCAGGGACAGAGAAGACCUCAUCUAGCUGUUGGACCUGGGAUUAUGCUCCAUAUCUGGAUGUGAGUUUAGAAAUGGCUACUUUGGAAAGUUAUAACUUGUCCCUUGAAUACAACAUGUCUUCUGCACCUAAUGUGAGCAGCAGUAUUGGGGCAGUUGGUAAGCCCCCCACCAUCCCAGCCGUCAUGUUUAUCUUUGGUGUGGUGGGUAACCUGAUUGCCAUCAUAGUCCUCUGCAAAUCGCGCAAGGAGCAGAAAGAGACCACCUUCUACACGCUGGUCUGUGGACUGGCUCUCACUGACUUGCUCGGGACUUGCCUGGUCAGUCCUGUGACCAUCGCCACCUAUGUCCAGAAUAAAUGGCCAGGUGGGCAUCAGCUGUGCGAGUACAGCUCCUUCAUCCUCCUCUUCUUUGGACUGUCCGGUCUCAGCAUCAUAUGUGCCAUGUCCAUCGAGCGGUACCUGGCUAUCAAUCAUGCCUAUUUCUAUAACCACUAUGUGGACAAGAAGUUGGCCGGUCUCACCCUCUUCGCCAUCUACGUGUCCAACGUUCUGUUCUGCGCUCUGCCCAGCAUGGGUUUGGGGAAGACCACCAUGCAGUACCCCAUGACCUGGUGCUUCAUAGACUGGAGGACCAACGUGUCCACCCAUGCCGCUUACUCGUACAUGUAUGCGGGCUUCAGCUCCUUCCUGAUCCUGGCCACGGUGCUGUGCAAUGUGCUGGUGUGCGUGGCUCUGAUCCGCAUGCACCGGCAGUUUGUCCGCAGGACCUCGCUGGGCACCGAUGCCCGGCUCUCGGACUUCAGGAGGCGCAGGAGCUUUAGGAGAAUGGCCGGGGCAGAGAUCCAGAUGGUCAUCCUGCUGAUCGCUACCUCCGUGGUGGUGGUGAUCUGCUCCAUCCCCCUCGUGGUACGUGUUUUUGUGAACCAGCUCUAUCAGCCUGAAUUAGUCAGGGAUGUCUCAAGUAACCUGGAUCUGAAGGCAAUUCGAAUAGCUUCUGUGAACCCAAUAUUGGACCCUUGGAUUUAUAUCCUCCUGAGGAAGACCGUCCUUAGCAAACUAAUAGAAAAAAUAAAGUGCCUGUUCUGUCGGAUUGGAGGGGGCCGGAGACCACAUUCUGCAGGGAGCUUCAAUUGCACUGAUGGUAGAAGGGUCUCGUCAGCCCUCUCAAGCCAUUCUCCGUCAUUUGUUUCCCGGGAGCUUCGAGAAGUUAGUUCAACAUCCCAGACUUUACUUUAUCCUUUGGAACUCAGCGAUGGUAGUUUCAAAGGCAGCACCAUUUUGCCAGGGGCCACCAUGGCCAUCAACACACAUGGAACCUCAAGCAGGACGUUACAUGGGUCAGACCAGUCUGUUUCUUCUCAGGGACCAGACUCCGAGCAAGUGUUGAUUACAGACGAGACUCAGGUGACACAGACAACUCCAAAUGGAACUUCACCCAAAGGGAAUCCACUCCAUGUCACAUUUCCAGAUGAACCAUUGAAUUUGUCAGAAAAAUGUAUAUAGAGGUUUAUGGUACAGACCUGUAAGGACUUUUUGGUAAGCUGCCGUUAGCUUGUUGAGCUAACUUGGAGCUCCAUUCUCAUGACAAGACCAUUAUUGGAGUCUUUUCAUGUGGCACAUGCUCUAGGUGUCUGGUCAUGAGAUGGCAAAUCAUUUUUCAGAUGAUUGAACAAUAUUGAGUAAACCAGAGAUGUUUAUCAUAGUUUAAGUAUGCAGAAUACCGGCUACCUACUUUUUCUGGCAUACACUAUUGGCACUUUUUGUUGUGUGAAUAUGGCACCUUUUCAUGAAAGGAUCUUAUUUUUCUGUAAAGGGGGCAAACGAUUGAUUGUUAUAUGACCCUUAAUUUGCUACUUUAACUUUGCAACUUUCAGGGGCAAAUUAAAUUUGCCUGAUAUAUGAUGUCAAUUUCUGGCUAAGCUUUAAAAAUGUGAAUUUUUAUGGUUGAAUAUUGGUGUGUAUAAAGAAUGUACAUUUAUUUAUUGUCUUCUCUGUGAGAAGGAUUUUAGAUCAAGUUAUCUAGUUAUGGAUUAAAAUACAAUUUACUUAUCCUGCGUUUCUCAAGAAAAUGAGGGGUAUUAUUAAUGUUCUACUACAGUUUUGCACUAAAACCAAUCUAUAUAUAUAUAUAUAUAUAUAUAUAUAUAUAUAUAUAUAUAUAUAUAUAUAUAUAUAUAUACUGUAUGUGUAUAUAUAUGCAGAUGUAGAUUUCCAAGCACCAAUGCUGUAAUAUAACAUAGAUAAUUCCUCAAUGCCGCAAUCUGCACAAUGAUACAGAUAUUCGGAUGGGCAUUGUUGUUGAAUGUAAACGCUUACUGCCGGCAAUUACACUUAAAAAAAAAAAAGAUACAGUGUAUUUUUUAAUGUUUUAGAAGACAACAAAAUGUGGAUCGCCAUCUAUUAUAGAACCCAUAUUAGCAUAUUCGUUAUUUUCCAAAUUUGCCGUAAAAGCUUUGAUUAUAACAGUUUUUUUGCCGAAAUAUCUGGGCAGUGCCUUAAAGUCAGAGGCAGGAAAGUUUUUUCCUAAGCUUUUUUCCCCGCCAGUCUUUUUGAUCCUUCACAGCCCUUGGCGUGCCUACUAGUUGCACAUGGAAGAAGAAAGUUUAACUCCGGUGGAGCAAAUAAUCUCUUGUACCCAAAUAGAACCAAUAGUCUCAAACAGGGUUGAUUAUGAUAGAAGUCAUAAUCCAUGAACAGGUGAAGCAUAUGACUGGUGUCUAGCACUUUAAGUAUAUAAAAAAGGAAACAAUGAAAUACAAAAAUAAAAUAGGUGGAAUCUUUUUAGAAGCCACACUAUGUAUCAAACAGGUGGCACCCAAUUUAAUAUACAUUGGGCAUUAAGCAUGCUGGCACUACCAACACCUCCAAAAAGUUAAACAAUAUUAAAUGAAAGAAUGUAUAUGAAGGGCUUCAGGGAGUGAGUCAAAAUGGUAGGCCCCUAAUCCUGGUUGGAACUACCAGUUGGACACAGCAUUUAAUGCAAGUACCUAUUUUGCCAUAUGGGGAUCCAGCCGUGCAAAAAAUAAUCUAUUGUGGGUUGGAAUUUUGGAAAACAAUUGGUUAAAUCAUACAUGUUUUAGGUAUUGGCCGAAAUUGUGUGUUUUUUUUCAAAAGUCAAAGUUCCUUUUAAAUGUUAUUGCUGUUCUUAAUAUAGCUUGAUAAUGUCACAUCACAUUGUAGCAUGUUCAUGUAUAGAGUAGGUUAAAAUGCUAGUGACGUUUCAUUUUCUUAGAACUUUUUUGACAAAUAGACUAAAAAAAACCCAAAAGACUUCCAACUGCUUUCCACAAGGGUUAAAUGUAGUGCUUGAAACGCUAGAAACUCUUCCAUUCUUCAAACCAACCAAUGCGAAAUAGAAUUGAUUCCAUCUGGGCAGUAUUUUGUUAAAUCAUUGACUGAAACUUUAAAGAGAAACUAAAAGUUAAAUCUGCUAUUUGCACAAUGCCACUGGCUCGGAAUGUACGUAUUACAUGGCCAAAAAUCAAUUCCUUAAAUUUUAUGUAGUAAUAAUAAUGAACAAUAGAAAUAUUUAUUUA